AUCAUUCAUUGCUAGCUAGCAUACCCAUGUUUAUUUGAUUGAACAGGUUGAGUUUCACACGCAGAAAACAAAGCCAAAUUGUUUAUGGAUAUGUAUGUACUACACAUUCAAUGUUUUCCUUCAAUUAUUUGUUUUUUCCUUCAUCUCUAAUCAAUCAAAAGUCAUCAUCAUCAUCAUCUUCAUAUCCUUCCUUUACUUCUUCCUUCUAUUCCUUCCAACCUCUUAACUAACACCAACCAAUCACAUUUCACAAAUUGGCUAUUGCAUUAUUCAUAACAAUUAAACAUGGCGAUUUCCCCAACGUUCCCAACCAGAAAACGACCAACCCGAACGUCGUCGUUUCACUCUUCCAACCUUGCCGACUUAAGCCUCCUCCACUCUCUCCUCCACCUCACCGACCAGAUAUGUUCCACCGCCACCGCCGCAACCAACUUCCUCCUCAGCCGCACUUCCUCCUCCACCGUCCGCAAAACGCACCUCCUCGGCGUCGUUUUCGAAGACCUCCUCCGCGUUUCAUCUUCAUCUUCUCCAACCUCAAGCUCCCUCCUCCUCUGCCUCGAGGAAAUGUACAUCGUGCUUCACAGAAUCAAAACGCUCAUCGAAGAUUGCUCAAAUCAAAGCAAAUUCUCAUUCCUCAUGCAAAUCGAAACCGUCGCUGAUAGCUUCCACAAGCUCACCGGAGAGUUAUCCACUCUUCUCGAUAUCUUCCCUCUGCAAGAACUCGUCGACCUCAACGACGACGUUCGAGAACUCGUUCUCCUCAUCAGACGGCAGUGCUCCGAAUCCAAACCGGUUCUCGGAGCGGAACAAUCAGAGCUCCGGAACGACGUCGUUUCAAUCCUCAACGGAAUUAAGAGCGAGAUUGUUCCUGAUCAAGCACAAUUAGCCUCAAUCUUCGAGAAAUUGGAGAUUCGCGAUUCUUCUACUUGUAGAUCAGAGAUUGAGAGCCUGCAACGAGAGAUUCACAAUCGGAGCGAGGAAGAACAACAACAACAAUCGAGAUCAGAAAUCGUCGCGUUGAUCGGACUUGUUCGUUACGCCAAGUGCGUUCUCUUCGGCGCGUCGACGCCGCCGCGAAGUGAGUGUCUACGGCGGAAGGAAUCCUCAUCGGAGUUAUCAGUGCCGGCGGAUUACCGGUGCCCGAUAAGCUUAGAACUGAUGCGUGACCCUGUCGUCGUGGCAACUGGACAGACGUACGAUCGGGUUUCCAUCAAGCUCUGGAUGGAUGCAGGACACAACACGUGUCCCAAGACAGGUCAGAUCCUGGCCCACACUGACCUCAUCCCAAACCAUGCGCUGCGGAACAUGAUAGCGUUAUGGUGCCGCGAGCAGAGGAUCCCGUUCGACGCGGAAACCGUUACAGGGAAAAUCAACGGUGGCGUAACAAACAAAACCGCCUUAGAAGCCACCAAAAUGAUGUCAACGUUUUUAGUCAACAAACUCAACGUUUCGGAUUUGGAUGAAUCAAACGCCGUCGUUUACGAGCUUCGGGUUCUGGCGAAAACAGACUCGGAUAGCCGAGCCUGCAUUGCCGAAGCUGGAGCGAUUCCGGUUCUGGUUCGGUAUCUCACCACCGGUUCGCACCACCCGAGCCUCCAGGUGAACGCGGUGACCACGAUUCUCAAUCUCUCGAUACUGGAAGCGAACAAGACGAGGAUCAUGGAGACUGACGGCGCGUUGAACGGCGUCGCGGAGGUGCUGCGGUCUGGUGCCACGUGGGAGGCCAAGGCGAACGCGGCGGCGACGGUGUUCAGCUUGACUGGGGUCCCGGUUUACAGGAAGAAGCUCGGGAGGAAGAUGCGUGUGCUGAGCGGGUUGGUCGAGCUUGCCAAGUGUGGGCCUGAGGGGGCUAGGAGGGACGCUUUGGCGGCGAUUCUGAAUCUCGCGGCGGACCGCGAGACGGUGGGGAGAUUGGUGGAGGGCGGGGCGGUGGAGGUUGCGGCGGAGGUUAUGGCGGUGAUGCCGGAGGAGGCGGUGACGAUUCUUGAGGCGGUGGUGAAGCGUGGUGGGUUGAUGGCGGUGGCGGCGGCUUAUGUGGGGAUUAAGAAGUUGGGGAAUGUGUUGAGGGAUGGGUCGGAGAGAGCGAGGGAGAGUGCGGCGGCGACGCUUGUUACGAUGUGUAGGAAGGGUGGGUCGGAGAUUGUGGCGGAGCUGGCGGCGAUUCCUGGAGUGGAGAGGGUGAUUUGGGAGUUGAUGGCGGUGGGGAGUGUUAGAGGGAGGAGGAAGGCGGCGACACUGUUGCGGAUACUAAGGAGGGGGGCGGCGGGGUUAGAGAGUGAAGAAUUGUCAACUACCACGUUUGUCAAUUCCUCAACUACUACUGUGGUUGUUCCAACUACCACAGUGGCAAACAAUUGAUUUGUAAAUUUCUCAAAUAAGCACUAAUUCUUGUAUCAUUUUGAUAUUUGAUUUUUUCAGAUCCUGUAAAAUGUAAUAUAUGGAGCAAUGUCUCGUGAAAUACAACAUUUUUCCAUUCUUUCA